UUUUAAUAACAGGCAAGUUUACCUUUAGUACGUAAGUGAUCUCCGACUGGAGUGAACAUAAUUGCAGUUACUGAAACAUAGUAAGAUGUGGUUAGCGAAAAUUGUAUUUUUCGUAUCAGUUCUAUAUGAGUGUAAUGGUUAUAUAAAACAAUGUAGUGACUGCAAAUUGUAUCGCGCGUGUCCUGAAGCUAUACAGUUUGCAGCGAUUACUAAUGAUGAUGAAACAAAGUCUACAAAAUUAAAGUCGUCGAUUUGCGGUGUCGAAAUUGUAAAUGGAAGCAGGAUGCCUAAAGUAUGCUGCUCUGAUUACACUUUGACUGAUGAUCGAUCUGGAGUUCCGGAAUCUAUGACUCUAAAAGACUCAAUAGAAGAACACGCGAAUCUUCCACUUUUACCAGAAGAAUGUGGUAAAAUUUACGGGGAACGUAUCAUCGGGGGAACCGUUGCAAGCCUUUACGAAUUCCCGUGGAUGGCCCUCAUUGCGCACAAAACACGCCUAAGAUCAGUUAACAACGACCUCUAUUUUAAAUGUGGAGGGACUAUUAUUAAUUCCCGAUACAUUCUGACGGCUGCCCACUGCGUUGUCAAGAAAAAGCUCUAUAAAGUUCGUAUCGGCGAAUUAGAUCUCAGUUCGAAAGAAGAUUGCCAAGGAGAAUAUCCUAAUUACAUCUGCGAGGCUCACCUUCAGGAUAUAGAAAUUGAAGAAAGUAUACCCCAUAAAGAGUAUCAACGUAUGCCGUCAAAGAACGACAUUGCAUUGCUUCGACUUAAGGAACCAAUUGAUUUUGGACACAAAAAUGUUGCACCGAUUUGUCUGCCUGUGUUAAGCAAGCUAAGGAAUGUAACUCUCGUUGGUAAAGUAGGGACUAUUGCGGGCUGGGGUACAACUGAAGACGGCACUAAAUCCUUCCCGCUUCGGAAGGUCGACAUACCAAUACUACCAACUUCUGCUUGCUAUGAACAAAAUCCAGAAACGACACCUAACCAGUUCUGCGCCGGUGAGUUAGGUAAAGAUUCUUGUAAUGGAGACUCCGGUGGACCUCUAAUGGUGGAAAAUCAAGUCAAUGGCAAAUUCAAAAUGAUCCAGUACGGCAUCGUAUCAUACGGCCCAAAGAUAUGUGGCUCAGCGGCUCCUGGGGUAUAUACUAAUCUCGUCAGUUAUAUGGACUGGAUAUUAAGUAACAUGAGGCCCUAAAUAAGAAAAAGUUAAAAGUAUUAUAAUUCUAAGUCUCUGAUUUUAAUUAUUUCAGUUAUUCAUACAUUUUGCAUUAAAACCUAUUAAGUAUGCGUUUUAUAUACGAACAUGUAUGUAUUAUGUGUUUAAUUGAUACUUACAAGGAAACUCUAUAAAACUAUAAGAUAGUAUUGCAACUAAUUAAAACAGACUGACUGCGCAAUUAUAUUUGGUCAAAAAGAUAACAUUGUAAGCUAUAUUUUUAAAAAAAUAACACUUUAUGCAAUUAACUUCCUAAUACUUUGAAUAGUGGAAUCAACCUUGUUUACUUCUUCAUAUCUCAAUAUACACUAUUUACAUAUAACCAAUACAAAGGUUAAUCGAUAAGUUCUACACAGUUAUAAAUGUAAAUGUGAUAAAAACAUAGUUAUUACUAUAAAUACUUUAGUCAUCAUAAUUAUUGUAUAUAAUUCCGUAUGUUCUUAACAAUAAUUAACGGUUACAUACUUAAUAUAAUAUAAUAAACGCACGACGCACAAAUGUCUCUUAUUUUAUAGUAAAAUAUUCGUAAUAAUUCCACCUUUUUAACAGUCUUAAGUAGCCAUUUAUUUAUUACAGCUAUCAUAAAUUUUGUUUUCCAAAUUGGUGAUGCAAUUAACGAAAAUUAUGGUAGGUACAUUACCAAAUUUAAUUGAAAUAAAUAAUUGUUUUAGCUUAAAUAAUAAUUAUAAACUCACCCUGUUUUAGCUGUCCACCGUAAUAAUCCAUAACGUAUUCACAAAACAUACUCGUUUACAGAAACUGUUUCAUAUUUAAAAACGUAAAGGCGAAAAAAUUGUUCACACCAAGCCACAAUUUUGUUAAUCUAUUAAUUACUUUUCUAUAUUGAUUGUUUCAUGCAUUCGAAAUAUAAAUACUUCAAAAUAUUUAUUUAAGAUUAAAUGUGAAUUACGUGCUAGUAUUUUGAAAACAUAAAAUUUAUAAAAAUAUUAAAUAAAUUAUAUCAUUCUCUUGAUAAUAACUCAUUGUAAUUUUUAUAACUAAAUUAAAAAUACACAAUGAUUGCAUCCUAUAUAUGCAUCACUCCUGUGUAUGUAUGUACUAUACUUUACUUGUUUAUUAAUUCGUGCGUCACGUCACAAACUACUCGUACUUGCUUGCACUGCACCGAUAUUAUUAUUAUAUUAUUAGGUUAUUGUAACAUUCAUUGUUUUACUGUGUACGACUAUUCGAUUUAAUUAUAUCUUUUUUUCUAAUUGUUCUGUAAUUUUCUCUGUAAGUGAUUUGAAUGUAAAUCUUUUGAGAAAAUAAAUGUCUUUAACCGUAAAAACAUACAUA